AUGUUCGGGGUACGCCUCAUGACGGAGCGCGACCCUGCGACUAUCGGGGACUACCGCCGGUUGCUCAUCCUUGUCGACGGCUGCGCCGCCGAACGCUCCACGCCCCAAUCCGGCGACAUUAACCACGAUGUGGACUUCCGGUACGCUUCUCGUAUCUGGUCCGAGGUCCCCACCGACCAGGAUUUCGCGGCGAUGUCACCCGACUACCUCACCAACCCCCCAGUCCACGUCCGUCAUCGCUCCUCCCGUCGCCGUUACUCCAGCCCAAGUCCUUCUCCUCGACGCUCCUACUCCCCUCGCCGCCCUGCGCCGCCGCCGUCGACAAGGAUGAAGAGUUUCGCGAGCAACCGGCGGUAG